UUUCCAGGUCUCCUCUCCCGGUGAACCGGAUGCGCCGUCAGUUUUCUCCUCAGCGUCCUCCGCUGGUUUCCCACUGCCCGGCGAGGCCGUAGGCAUCCACGGGGGCACGGGCAGGGGGCUCCCGGAGGCUGGCCUGGCAGGUAUAGGGCGCCGGUAGGAGCUGGGCGCGCACGGUUACCGCGCGUGGAGGAGACACUGCCCUGCGGCGAUGGGUGCCAGGGGCGCUCCUUCACGCCGGAGGCAGGCGGGGCGGCGGCCGCGGUAUCUCCCCACCGGGAGCUUUCCCUUCCUCCUCCUCCUGCUGCUCCUGUGCAUCCAGCUCGGCGGAGGACAGAAGAAAAAGGAGAAUCUUUUAGCCGAGAAAGUAGAACAGCUGAUGGAAUGGAGUUCGAGGCGCUCAGUCUUCCGAAUGAAUGGUGACAAAUUCCGGAAGUUCAUAAAGGCCCCACCUCGAAACUAUUCCAUGAUUGUUAUGUUCACCGCUCUUCAACCCCAGCGCCAGUGUUCUGUGUGCAGACUAGCUAACGAAGAAUAUCAGAUACUGGCUAACUCCUGGCGCUAUUCAUCUGCCUUUUGUAACAAACUCUUCUUCAGUAAAGUGGACUAUGAUGAGGGAACAGACAUUUUUCAACAGCUCAACAUUAACUCCGCUCCUACGUUCAUGCAUUUUCCUCCAAAAGGCAGACCUAAGAGAGCUGAUACUUUUGACCUUCAAAGAAUUGGAUUUGGUGCUGAACAACUAGCAAAGUGGAUUGCUGACAGAACGGAUGUUCAUAUUCGUGUCUUCAGGCCACCCAACUACUCUGGCACCAUUGCUUUGGCUUUGUUGGUGUCACUUGUGGGUGGUUUGCUCUAUUUAAGAAGGAACAACUUGGAGUUCAUCUAUAACAAGACUGGUUGGGCCAUGGUGUCUCUGUGUAUAGUCUUUGCUAUGACUUCUGGCCAGAUGUGGAAUCACAUCCGUGGACCACCAUAUGCUCAUAAAAACCCACACAAUGGACAAGUGAGCUACAUUCAUGGGAGCAGCCAGGUCCAAUUCGUGGCAGAGUCACACAUUAUUCUGGUACUAAAUGCUGCUAUCACCAUGGGGAUGGUUCUUCUAAAUGAAGCGGCAACAUCCAAGGGAGAUGUUGGAAAAAGACGGAUUAUUUGUCUCGUGGGAUUAGGCCUGGUGGUCUUCUUCUUCAGUUUUUUACUUUCAAUAUUUCGUUCCAAGUACCACGGCUACCCUUACAGUGAUCUGGACUUUGAGUGAGAAGAUGAGAUUUGGACCAUGGCACUUUAAAACUGUAACUUCAGCUUUUUAAUUAAGUGAAGCCGAGUGGGAUUUGCAUUAAGUGACUGUUUACCAUGAAGACAAAGUGUCCCAGACAUACUAGUUCCAAUUCUUGAGUCCAUUUCCUUGCUGAUUGUGAUAAUCCAGCUGUUUCUUGUACAAUUUUUUUUUUUAAUGUGAGUUUUCCUAGUAAACUUAAUUUAUAGACACGGAUGGUUAAAUUUAACAUGGAAUGAACAAAGGCAACAGUGAAGAGUUUUUCCAGCAAAUUAUAGUCUAUGUAUGCUAUAGAUCGAAAUAAACAACAAUGUAAUUAUGAAUUCAUGCUUUUAAGCUGUUCACUCAUUAGUAAAGAAAACUAUAAUGUUAGUAAAGGAGAAACUAUGAAAUGUAUCCUCAAAAAUUCUUGGGAUUGUACAGAGAGAGGUGUAUGCAUGAAAAUAUGUCAUGUACUGAAAAAUUAUACUUUCCUCAGUCUCAGUAUAAAGGAUGUGUAUGGUUACAAAUA